AUGGAAAUUCAACGUCCAGAUUCUAAACAGCCAGACAGCAGCAUGGCAACAAGCGUUGUGCUUAUCAAGCCGAAAAACACCAACAGUACUUUCUGCGAAGAUUUUGAUUUAAAAGACUCAGGAAUUACAUUUAAAGAAACCCCGACCUCCAACAACGUGUAUCUUUCCAUUGUGUCAACGUGGGAGACCUUCCAAUCUGUCACAACCUCUCAUGGUCUACCGCACUUUGACCGAACUAAAGGUGGCAAGUUUCUGAAUUAUUCAGUGAAUGUGGCAGUGCAGUUGAAACGUUCGAGUAUCAUGAAGUUUCCAGCUGUCACUAUCUGCAACAACAAUCCAAUUUUGAAAACGGAAUUUGAUAAUAUGAAAUCAAUGGUAAAGAUACUCAAAUCAUUGGAUGACAAAAUGAAGAUUUCUAUCUGCAUCGAAACUAACCCAGAAUUCCAUCCACCUACUCCAGCCCGACCAAUUUAUUAUGGUUCUUUAAAUGAUUCUCUUAUCGAUAGCACAUUUGACAGUGCAAGUCGGAGUACAGUGGAACAAACUACUACAGCCACGUUAUCUCCAUUACCAGAUUGCAAGCAGUACAAUGGAGUGACCAACGACGGACGCCAGCAACGUAGCGACUUCAUCCUCUUUAACAAACUCAUUGAGGAAUAUUCCUUACUAACAGACGAACAAAAAAAGAUUGGUGGUCAUACGUUAGAAUACUUGGAUUUCAAACAUUUUUUCAACAACUACCACGGAAAUUGUUACACGUUCAAUUAUGGUGUUAACUUGGCUGAGAACUCGACGUUGAAAGUUUCGAAAAAAGCUGGUCCCAGAUACGGGUUAUCCAUUUUGUUUUACGCGAACCAGUUUGAAUACAUCGGACAAAUCAGUCAGUCAGCAGGAUUGCGAGUGAUCGUUCAUGAUUCCAUGCGCAUGCCCUUUCCGGAAGAUGACGCAAUUCUCGUCGGUCCGCAGACUCUCACUCAUAUUGCAGUCACAGUGACAAAAACAAAAAAAUUAAACGGUCUAUAUGGAAAUUGCCGCAGUGAAGACGACCAUGAUAGCAGUCCCACGUUGUAUCAAACGCUCUACAAUGUUUCCUACUGUCAAAAAGGAUGCUUAUACACGUGUCUGAAUGAAGAAAUAUUACAAAAAUGUGGCUGCUACGAUUUAAAAUUUCCAUUGACUAAAAAUGUGCGCUCCAGUACAAGCCCGUGUUCCUUUAACAACGAAACAAUGAGAAAGCAUUUUACUAGAGAAAUCAUUUAUAAUCCAGUUAUAAGCAGAGAACUCUGGCCAUCUGACAACUUCCUGACGGUAAUGGCCUCCAUACCGCGUUACGAAGUCCACGCGCAAGAUAUAAACAUAAUGGGAAAUCGUGAUUAUGGACACUUUCGUCAGGUUGGCAAACAGCAGUUCUCUGGUUUCCAUACGUGCGAAGCCGAGUACUAUUCGGAAAAUUUUUUACUCAAAACUUCCUUAUCCAGUUUACCAACUUUACUAAACCAGCAAAAUAAUAAUUUAUCAUUUGUUAAUUGUUUAUUUGGAGCUUUCGCCAUUUUGAAAAAAUUGUUCGUAGUUGAAGCCUUCGCUUAUUAUCAUACAAUGGGCUACAAUCAGACGCACGCUGUUAUUCAAUAUACUUACAUGACAACUUUUCUGUACUGGUUUUUAGAAUCACAGCAAAUCAAAAGCGCAAAUAAAAAUAAGCAACAAACAUUAGUGACUAACACAACCUUUUUUUACUUUGAGGCAGUUGAUAAGUGCAAAUCAUUUAAGAUCAAAUCCGUUGUUCAUAUCUCUAACAUGAUGAAGAUGCCGUACUCUGAAACUAAAGAACCAUCCAGUGAGGAAGUGAGGAGCGUGGUAAUUGACGUACCUGAAAGCACCAACAACACUUUCCACGAUGAUUUUAAAUUCAAAGACGCAAGGAGUACUUUGAAAGAAACUCCAGCCUCCAAUAAUGUGAAUUUGUCCAUUAUAUCAACGUGGGAAGCCUUCCAAUCUGUCACAACAUCUCACGGUUUGCCGCACUUCAGUCGAGCGAAAGGUCCGUUCAAAAAAACACUCUGGUUGUUGGUUACCCUGGCAGGUCUUGGAGGACUGAUAUUCAAUGCCUAUCUACUUUGUUCGUAUUCGUUGCUAUCAAGCAGUAAAUUCCUGAAUUAUGAAGUGAACGUGGCUGUUCAGUUGAAUCACGCCAACACAAUGACUUUUCCAGCAGUCACCAUCUGCAACAACAAUCCAAUCCUUAAACAUUUUUUUGAUAAGUUUCAACCUUUGAAGGAAACCCUGACAUCAUUCAAUGAUAGAGUGAGAAGUACCACCUGCGAUGAAGUAGAUCCGCUUACUCCCGUUGACGACCCACCCACGACUCCGAUUUUUGAUUUUGGCUCAUCCGCUCCUGGAAAUACAAGAUUUACUACUUUGAAUCCAACCAUCUUUACAACUGCAACUCGGGAUGUUGUCAACCAUACAGUGAAUCAAAUCACAGUUCCCGAUACUACAGCUACACCUUCAGAUUGGCUACUUUUCAACAAUAAACUAGAUUGCAACCAAUACGAUGGAAUCACAGACGAUGGUCGCCAGCAGCGUAGCGACUACAAACUCUUCAACCAGGUCAUGGAAGAAAUUUCAAAACAAAAUGCAUCAACAAAAAAGCAAAGUGGCUACGAUUUAGAUAGCAUACUUGUAAAUUGCUUUUUCGCCGGAGGAAACUGUAAUCAAGAUUAG